CCAAGGUGGAUGCUCAUUAGAAGAGUUAGAAUCAAUGAAAGCUACCCUAACUCAAGAAUUUGAGGCGAGGCUAGAAGAAAAGGUUGAAGAGAAGCUUCAAGAGAGGAUCGAAGAGAGGUUGGAACAACGGGUGGCAAUGGAGGUGAAAGCUUAUCUCACCAAUUUACUACCACAGAUGACCGGUGACGUGAAGGCAUUUCAAGGAAUGCAAGUGAUGACGAACAUGGAGGCAACACAAAACCCUCGUGUAAUAGAGGUAGACACUAAAUGUCGCCUAGCAUUGAAAGAUGAGUACAAUCAAAAUUUAGUGGUUGUGGCAGAUGGAAUUUUAUAUCCUGUUACCGGUGAAGUUACUCACAACCUGAAGAUGUUACCUGAUCAUUACAGGAUUAGUGUGGACAACCCUUAUCCCGACUGUGCCCUCCUCGAUAUACCGGUACCGUCUCCCGAUGGUAUGACUAAGUUGGGAAAAGCCAAGUCUUCCAUUGUACUAUGGCCUAUAGACAUGGUUUUUUUGGAAGAAGAGGUUUCACCAUCGCCCAAAAAGAAGCAUAGAUCUCGCCAAAGCAAAGAAGGGGACGAUAGUUGUGGUGUGAAAUCAAGGCAAACCAUCAAACCCACAAAAUUCCUACCACUUGAAGAUAAAAUUGUCGAUACUUUUGGCGAGGGGUGUGAGUUGUUGUAUUGGUUAAUGAAUUCUGAUGAUGCAAAGUAUGAUACAACAUUGGUACUUUUAAAGGCCUCAAUGUUUAAUUUUGAUAGCGACAAACAGAUUUGGGUAACCGCUACCGAUGUACGUGAAUUUCUAAGAGGAUCGUGGGCUAAUGUUUCAUUGAUUCAUGUUUAUAUCAUGUAUUUAGUAGACAACUUCAUCGACCUUUUCAACAGGACUGAGAUCACAUUCUUUUGUCCUCAACUCAUUUCUGAAUCUUCAAUUGAGAAUGAUUACCUUGAAACUUAUACAUAUGUGAAGAAUACAUUUUUGCAUGAAGUAAGAAAGACAGGUAAACGUUGCAAAUUCACCGUGGCUCCAUAUGUCGCAAGUGGUCAUUGGGUUCUUGUGGUGGUCGAUCUACAAUUAGGUUUAGCUUAUGAGUUUGACUCUAUGAAUCUACCUAAAGAAAAUCCACGAAAAUUGAAAAUUGCCGAGAUUAUGAUGACGGCUUAUAAAGUAUAUCGGGCGAAUCUCAAAGGGAGUGAAUUGAAAUCACAAAGGCAAAAAUUGAAAUUCAUACAAAUGGAGUGUGCUCAACAACAAGGAGGCGUUGAACGUGGCUACUAUAUUAUGAGAUACAUGUAUGAGAUUGUUACUUCUCACUCGGAGUGCAAAGGUGUCUUAGAGGAGGAUUUUUGUCCAAGGACCGCCCCGUAUGAUGGUAACGAGUUGAAUGUGGUUCGAGAACAAUGGGCACAAUACUUUAGAAGUAAAUAUUUAUUGAAUGCAUAACUAUUAGCUUAGGUAGAACAACGUAAUAUUUUUAGUGUUGUUGUAUAUGUUGGAUAAAUUUAUACAAGUUUUUAUUUGUAA